GUCAUUUCCUGUGAUCCAAUGAAAUACGGAAUUUGGUGCCAUGUUGUGAUUUUGUGUUCGUGUGAGGAUCGGUGUAAAGAACGAGGAAACGAAUAAAUUGCAGAAACAGUAUGGAGGCGAAAAUAUGACAAGCGGUGACAGAAACACGUGUGACACGUCUGCUGGGUAAGAAACAGUUAAAGUCCUCCGUGUGAUGCCACCCAGGCUAAACCAUAGGAAUGGGGGUAGUAUGCAUGUGUGUGCCGCAGCUAUUCUCAGCAAAGACUUAAAGUAACACCAAGAAGCUCAUUUAAACAGCACUAACGAUGCGGGAUAUUUCUAUAUGACGCGUUUUCUACAAUGCAACGCAUUUAAACGCCAGACCGCAUUUAACUAAUGGGAUUUCUUUAUUUUCCUCGUAAUAUUUGAUCCUAUUUAAUCCAUAGCUAUUUCUCCAUGGCAGACAUCGCCCAAGAGUCUGACAGACUGAGUCAAUUAUAUAACACGACGAGCCGGCAAACGUAUGUUUUAUGGUUACUAAAUAAAUCGAUCUGGAGACUGGAUUAAGAAUCUGACAACGGAUUGUCAUUUUGGCUUUUUUUUUCCCCAAAUCAGUAUCGAAUAUGCGAACUUUCAGUCGGGGUCACCGCAGCGUUAUUUCACGGUCUAAUGGUCUAAGCUUAAAUUUUAGGUUUCAUGUGCUCAUAACAGAGUGGUUUCGUUUUACCGCGCCUUACAGCUAAAUACCAGUCAUUCUAUAUAGUCGCCAGCUGUGUCUGUAUGGCUGCACUACUUAAGCGUAGCGGUGUCUGUCCUUUAUGUGAGUAAUCGGCAAUCAGCCCCUUUAUUCACGUGAUUACAUGCAAUUCUUGCGGCUCGGAAAUAAUAGGUCAGUGAUCGGUAAAUAAGUAAAUAUUAGCAUGCCCGAGCGGUAAACGUCAUGCAGUUCUGUACGUGGCUGACCGUAGUUUAACAUCGGCUAAAUAGGGCGACGCGCAGCUCAGCAGUUUUGCGCAUAUGGUGCUUAGUGACUCAGUGACAGUUGGCCUUUACGUGAAAUAUUACUGGGGGCUAAAACCACGUUGAACGCCACUGACGGCAGUUGAAUGAAACCAGCCGUGUCAAAACAUGGAUCUGCCCUUUUACUCGGACCUGUCGGACAACGCGGGCCAGUUCGGGGACUCGGACUUCCUGGACCCGCAGGCGUACGGCGGAUACGAUUCGGUAAACAAGUUCCCUGGAGGCAGUGAUAACUACCUCACCAUCAGUGGGUCCGGACAUCCAUUUCUGUCAUCUUCCGAGACAUUUCACACCCCCAGCCUGGGCGAUGAGGAGUUUGAGAUUCCACCCAUCUCACUGGAUCCCGACUCUGCCCUCACUGUGUCUGACGUGGUGUCCCAUUUCGGGGAGAUGUCUGACCAGGGGCCCUCUGGGGGAGUCCCAGGGAAUGCUGUGGUUGGUGGGGAAGAUCCCUCCUUUGCCUCUGCCUUCGUUAACCCCCCCGCCCAGGGCCUGGAGCACCUAAACCUGGGUGUCAUGAACCAGCCAGGAGAGGGUGUUUUGCUGAGCUCGACACUCGGCAUGGAGUUGGGCCAUCCUGUUGGAUCUCAGUUUAGCAGCUCUUCCCCAGUGACUAUAGAUGUUCCGCUGAGUGACAUGAAUCAUGGUUUGCUGGGCCACAACCAGCUGACCACCAUCGACCAAUCAGAGCUCAGCGCUCAACUCGGGCUCAGUCUUGGUGGUGGGACUAUCCUGCCUUGUCCACAGUCACCUGACCAGCCUCUCUCAGCCACGCCCUCGCCCGCUGACUCCCUGCAAGAUGAGGACAUGAGUGAUUUUGCUCAGAAGAGUAUGUUGGUGGAGUCGCCUGUCUCCCUGUCAGUUUCCUCUGCUGUUAUAUCCCUCACACCCUCCCUGGCUGACUCCCCGAUCUCCUCAUCCUCCAGUGCCCCCCCAGCCAUGAGAAGAGGGGUGGCCGGGGGGGGAGCGGGGGGAGGCAAGAAGGGGAAGAAGAAGAAGGACCCCAACGAGCCGCAGAAGCCGGUGUCGGCCUACGCGCUCUUCUUCAGGGACACGCAGGCGGCCAUCAAGGGCCAGAACCCUAGUGCCACCUUUGGGGAGGUGUCCAAGAUUGUGGCCUCCAUGUGGGACAGCCUCGGGGAGGAGCAGAAGCAGGUGUACAAAAGGAAGACGGAAGCGGCAAAGAAGGAGUAUCUGAAAGCACUUGCGGCCUACAGAGCCAGCCAAGUCUCCGAGGCUGCGAUUGAAGUAAUAGAUCCCAUAACACCCCCAUCCCCGCCUCCACCAGCCCCUACCCCCACCCCUGCUCCCGCACCUGCACCCGCACCCACUCGCUCCACCCGAAUCCCCCACCAUGCUCCAGAGCAGAACACUAUCACCAACAUCUGCACCUCCAACAUCAUCCUGGACCUGCCGCAGGUCACCACUCGCUCACGCACCAGUGCCCACAAAGCUCCGGCCACCUCGGCACCUGCACCCCCCACCAUCACAAAGAUCGUCAUCUCCAAGCAGGCUAUGCCUGGGGAGGGCGGCCUGGUAGCCGCAACUGCUACAGUUCCAGCCACCCGAAUGCUUAAGCCCUCCCCUACCUCGUCUUCCACCCCCCCUGCUCCCCGCCAGCCUCCACCCCUGCAGCAAAUGCAGAAUGCCCCCCCACCUCCCCGUUUACAGCAGAUGGUCCAUUCCCCUGCCCCACCCCCUCUCCAAGCCAAACCCCGCGGUGGUGGCACAGGGCUGGUGGUAUCAGUCACCGCAGCACCUCCACCCCCGCUGCAGAUCAAGAUUGUCCCUGCCCCCUUGCAGUCUGAGUUAGCCACGCCCAUUAUGGUGACAGCAGCGGCGGCACCCUGCUCAGUGCCAGGGCCUGUCUCCUCCAGCCCGGCGGUGGCCAUGGAGGUAGCUCCGCCUGCCGCCAUUGUCAGUGCCUGCUCCCCACCAGCAGAGGGCACCAUAGCUGACGCAGAUGAGUUCACCUCUAAUGAGAUGGAGGUGGAGCUGACCGUGUCACCUGCGCCAGAAGAAGUCCCCCCCACUCAGCCCUCGGGCACCCCACACCGCUGUGUCCGAGCGGGAUGCACCAACCCCCCCGUGGAGAGCAAAGACUGGGAUAGAGAGUACUGCAGCAACGAGUGUGUGGCUACCCAUUGCAGGGACGUUUUCAUGGCCUGGUGCUCAAUUCGAAGCCAGAACUCCACCACUGUCACAUGAGGAGACCGAGGGUGGGAGGCGUAGGCCUUGCAGUCUCAGUGCACAUCCCCCUUCCCUUGCUUUCCCUGAGCCCGCUGACAUUUGGUCCCGUGGGUGGGCGUUGGUCACACUGGCUGUGGCAACACAGUGAAACGUCUUUUAUACACUGGGGUUAAUAUGUCCUGCAAAGAAUAAUUUAUUCUUUUUACACACACAUAAAUUAAUGCAUUUUUAACAGCCUGGAUCAGUCGAUUCAGCACUAGGGGACAGUGAACAUGGAAGGACCAUCUUGGUUAUCGUGGGUAAAGUUUUAUAUAUGACAGUGGUGUGUGCGUGAGUGCGCAUGAAAUUAGCUAUAAAGGCGUCUAAAAGCAAACCGUUUUAGAGCUUGGCAUGCGUGUUUGUGAAUAUAUAGCACCUUCUAGAGGCAUAUACUGGAAUUUGGCGUUUAUCCAUUGUCCGGAUGUCACCAGAAUUACAUCCCGUUGCCCGUUGUGGGAGAAGGACUGUCUUUGUUGUGCAUUGUCACUGACUGGUAUAAUCUUGUAAAUAAGUAAUACAGACAGGGUUAGGCACAUUGGUGACUGAAAAGGCAUGAUAAUCGCACUCAGUUUAGGCUUCAAAGUGCAGUUUUCCCAUUACUGAGGUAACCGGCUGGCAAUGUUCGUCUAGCCUUCAGAUCAAGAUGGAGAAAUAGCACUGAUGUGUAUGAAUGAUGUCUGCGAGGUGGGUUUUAAACUCUUAAGUUAUUUUUAAUAUGGAGGUGGAUGAUCCUGCUGUAGAAUUUCCUACAAUCACCGUUGCCUUUCUUUGUAUGUCGAAUAAGGCCAUGAUAAAACUGGAUUUUCAGUUUUCAGUGGAAAAACAAUAUAUGUGUUACACAACCCAAGUUAUCGCGCAGUUUUUUUUGCGUUUCAGGGAUUAUUGUUUUGAGACCAAACGUUUAUCAAGAAAAAGCGGUCUAAAUAAAAUGUUAUGGUUUUACGUUUUACUUCAGUUGAGCAUUAAAUGUAUUAUUAUUUAGAAGACGCAAAUUAUGGUCAUUCAGUAAUCGUGUUGAUUUUUAGUAGAACUCGCGCGUUUCUAAAGGAUGUUAAAAAGCAUAUAUUUUUUUGGAAAUAUUUCUAUUCAGUGUCUUUAACGCUGAAUUCUCAACACAUAACACAACCUAACAGGCGAGUCAGCUGUUUCUGUGCUUAAUGGCUGUACUGAGAAAAUCUUGAGAUUAAUAAAAGGAACGGAUAGAAUGGAUUUUCUUGCUGUCUGCUGAAGUUCGUCGCACUGUAGGUUCUGGCUUUUUAAAUGGAAUUUGGAUUUGAAACUACGGUAUUAAUGCAGCCGUGUAAAAUAAUUAGGUAUGUUCAACAUCGUUGCUGUUUUAGUGAAUGAAAUAAAAAUACAACUGACGAGUAAAGAUA